GACGGUCGCGGAAGUGGUGUUUUAAUAAGGGAAGGAUGGUGUCUGUGCUUGUGGAUGACGCCCGCCGGGUGUUUGUGCAGAGUUUCGGGGGGGCCGAGCCUCGGGUUGGGGUGUUCGCUCCUGGGAGGGUGAAUUUGAUCGGGGAGCAUACGGACUAUAAUGGGGGCUUCGUCCUGCCCAUGGCUCUCCCCCUCAUCACAGUCAUAGUGGGGUCACCGAGAAAUGAUGGGAACAUUUCCAUAGUGACUACAGCUGAGGGAACAGAUGAGCCACACAGGGUGGAUUUUGAAGCCCCCCAUGAUGGUAGAAUUCUUACUCCAGGCACCCCAAGCUGGGCUAACUACGUGAAGGGGGUGAUCCAGCAUUAUAGGGCUAGUCCUGUCCCUGGCUUUAAUGCUGCGAUUGUCUCUAGCGUUCCUUUGGGUGGUGGAUUGUCCAGCUCUGCUUCUCUAGAAGUCGCUACGUAUACGUUUCUGCAGCAGCUCUGCCCAGACGAUGGAGAUGCUGUGCAGAAGGCUCUCGCCUGUCAGACAGCGGAGCACACGUUUGCUGGAGUGCCCUGUGGCAUUAUGGACCAGUUCAUUUCUGUGAUGGGGAGGGAAGGACACGCCCUUCUUAUUGAUUGCAGGUCAUUAGAGGUCACUCCUCUUCCCCUUUCCGACCCUGGACUGGCUGUGCUCAUCACCAAUUCAAACGUACGGCAUGAGCUCACAGGAAGUGAGUACCCAACCCGCAGGCGGCAGUGUGAGGAGGCUGCAAAGGCCCUUGGAAAGGAAUCCCUGAGAGAUGCCAGCUUAGAAGACCUAGAAAUGAACUUGUUUUCUAGAGAUGAUUAUGAAGUCAGCUGUGCUGAGCUGGAUGAAUUAGUCAGUAUAGCACUGGAGGUCCCUGGUGUUUACGGCAGCCGUAUGACAGGAGGAGGAUUUGGAGGCUGCACAGUGACAUUACUAAAUGCAUCAGCUGCUGAGGAAAUCAAACAGAAAAUCCAGGAGAAGUACAGCGGCACCCCAACCUUUUAUGUUACCAAACCAUCAUCUGGGGCCGGAGUGCUGGCACUGUAAUCUGAACCAGUGAGCCUGGCAGAAAACUGCACUUUCCAACUACUGCCAUCUACUGUGCAAAAUAAACUUGUUUCUCAUA